AUGCGCGCCAAAGCCUUGCGCGCCAGAGCUCCCGGUGGGCGAAUUGCAGUGGCUGUGGUGGCCGCAGCCGCAUCCAUUCUGGCAGUCCUGGCAGGGCGCUGCUUCUCCUGGUCACAUAACAGGCCGGUAACAGCGGAUGAGGGGCCUCCACUGCCAGCGGUCCAGCCCAAGGUGUCACUGGGCCUGAAAGAUGCCAGCAAGACUGUCCAGGUUGGAGACGAAGUUCGAGGCUUUGUGAGGGAAGCCUGGCGCAGCUUCGUUUUUGUGGACAUCGGUGCGGAGCGGGAUGCACGGCUGGAGCUAAGCGAGAUCGAAGAUGGCUUUCCGGGAGCGUCCCCGAAGGUUAUCUUCGAAAGGCAGCACAUGGUGCAGGCACGUGUCUUGGAGGUUGGAGACAAUGGCGCUAUCUUUCUGACUCGGCGCUCGGGAGAUCUCACGCGACCUCCUCGCCUUUACAAGCAGGACGUUAACCGCGACCCCGAGAUGUUGGAGAGCUUGCCAACCGGCAUUACUUUCUCUGGCCAAGAGUGUGAUGUAGCAGGCAUGCGCACAGGCCUCAGGGCCGGCUUAGCAGUGCCUGGAGGGCUAUGGAACAAGCGCAGAUUUGAGUCAGUUGCGGGCAGCGUCUUGGACAUGAAGUGCUUGGAGCGUGUCUCCCUUUCAGGAUGCCAAAAGAAUAUCUGGAAUCAUUUGGUGAAGCAUGCAGAGUUCUACUCCCGGAACCAAGAUAACUGGAAUCUUGCUUUGGAUUGGGGACCGGCAUCUGAAGUGCUGAAGGCAACCCAAAACUCCGGCUGUGGACUGGCCAGCCGCGUGCUUCGAUCCGAGGGCGGCGCCAGCUUUGGGGGCGGCAAACUGUUGAUCUCCCUUCCGAGCCGACUGCAGAUUGAGACGGCAAUUAUCGUUCCAAAGACACGGGCAAGUGAGCCAAUUCAAGGCACGAUCUGUGCCUCAUCACAGGGUGGUUGCGCCAUGGCAUGCCGCUUUUGCGAUACAGGCUUAAUCCGCCAACAGGGUGACUCUCGUGGAAUCAACCUUCCUGCAUGGGCCAUCUUAGAGCAAGUGCUGCAUGCAGAGGCGUGGCUCCAGCGCGAAGGCAGUCAGAGGGCAAGCAACGUUGUGUUCAUGGGCAUGGGUGAGCCCCUCCUGAACUAUACAAAUGUGUUGGAGGCUGCAAGGAUGCUCCUUUCCUCUGGGCACAAAGUGACACUCUCCACAGUUGGAGUUGCGCCUCAAAUUCGAAAGCUGGCCAAAGAAGCCCCGCCUGGACUAAAUCUCGCUUUGUCUUUGCAUGCUCCAACGCAGGAGCUCAGAGAAAAGCUUCUCCCCGUGGCCUCCAAAUCCUGGAGCCUCGUAGAGGUGUUUUCAGGUGUUCGGGAGUAUGAAGCAGCCACGGGCACCGGUGUCCUUCUUGAGUACAUCCUCAUCCGUGACGUGAACGAUGGCGAUGAGCAGGCGAGCGCGUUGGCUGAGGCCGUCGUGCGCGAGCGGCUUCGUUGUGCAGGCAUCAACCUGAUUCCUUACAAUCCCACAACUGCUGGAGCUGCAAGUGGCUAUGAGCCUCCGUCUGACUUCAGUUGCAAGCGUUUCCGUGACAAGCUACGAAGUCUGGGUGCUCCAAAUGUCACGAUCCGCUUUUCGACAAAGCUUGGCCGCUCAUGGUCAGCAGCAUGUGGUCAGCUGGGUGUGAAUGAGAAUGCCGACCCAGACGUGCGAACGGAUCAUCUUGCAGCGAUCCCUCGACUUCAUCCACCAGGUGCAGCUCAGUCCUUGCUCUUCCGGAAGUCUCUGACACUGCCAUGCUCAUCCGGCCGUUUCAGCAUGGGAACCUGGCAGGGCAUCUAUUUGAUUGAUCUGCGAAGUGGUGGGUGCACUGAUCCCGUUGAGGUUGAGGUAACCUAUCGCGCGUCAACUCAACGAGAGGAGUUUUCCGUGAUGGCUGCUGCAAGGAAUGCGACCCAGCUGGAAGCAGAGAUCGUGAAGCGUUUGCCGGCGGAGGCUGGAGCUCUAGUGGUGCACGAAAAGCACACCAGCGCGAGCCUCUCCAUAGGAACAGGCAACGUGGAGCCGGUGAUGGAUCAGGUCAUUCCGGAGAAGUGGCAUUACGAGUUCUUUCAACAUACAAUGGAAGGUCCCGAUGACAUGACGGGACAUUUGAAAUGUUCUCUUUUGGGUUGCUCUGCGACAGUCCCAGUUCUGGAAGGCAUGCCGUUGGCACCAGUCAGGCUGAAUGAGCACCGGGACUCAGGUGGUUAUGGUGUGGGGCACCAGCGCAGGAUAUCCUUGGACCACCUUAGCGCAAGCAAGGAGUCCUUUGAACUGCAGGUUUCGGGUACUUCGGAGAUUGGCUCCGAGCUAGCAAAGAGAGGUGGGGAGCUGGUAAGUGUUUUGGCCUUGGAAGGCCGGGGUGGACUUUUGAUGGGCUCCCGUGAUGCGGUGGAAAGCUUCCAGGUGCCGGAUGAGGCAGUUCUUUCACGGAUGAAAGGCCGGAAUGCUGCGGCAUCUGCGGAGAGCCAGCACUUCAUGCUGAUGCUUCGGGCGACCGCGUCCGCGAUAUCGUGCGCCGGCAUCGCAACCCUGCAGGCUCGACAGCUGCUCAUAACGCAGACAGCCAGUCCGCUUGGGGACGCUGCGGUGGUGCAAGCCACGAGCGGCCUUGCAACUGCCUAUUCCCUUGGCAGCGUAGCGGAGUUUUUCCUGAGCCCCGUCUUCGGGAAGAUGUCUGACCGCUUUGGCCGAAAGCCGAUCCUGCUCUUCUUCAUGAUCGGCCCGGCCAUCAUGCGCACGCUGUGCGCGCUGGUGGAGCAACCCGUGGCCAGGAUACGGUGGCUCGACUUUGCAUCAGCGCGGGCUAUCGGUAUUCAGCCGUUUAUGGGCAUGUGCGGAACAAUGAUCACGGACGUCUUCACAGUGGAUGCACAGCCUGCAGCGCGAGCUCAGCUGGCUGCAUCGCAGGCUUUCGGGAACAUCCUUGGGAACUAUUUAUCUGGUUGGUGGAAUGCAAGGGCAGGUCCCCGCUCUACUUACCUAUGCACGGCAGCCGCACCUCUGCUUUCUCUGGCCUUCGCUUCGGCAUGCCUGCCUGAAACGAACAGGGAGGCUGGAGGCUCGAGUUCCAGGGAGGGUGGAUCUGUUCCCACCUCUCCCAAGACUGUCGCUAGGGGAAAGAAGAACCCCUAUGCAACUUUGCUGCUUGACCCGGAGUGCUGUCUUCUGGCUGGUGCCUUGGGACUCUAUGAAUUCAUGAACUACCCUCCGAUGAAUUCCGUUGCAAUCCUACUUAUGAAGGAGCGUCUCAACUGGGGACCACUGGAAGCAGGGCGCUUUGCUUCUGGACAUGCGCUGGCAGGCUUUUGUGGUUCCAUGCUGGCGGGCAGGCUUAUUCAAUUCUUCGGGAAAAGGUUGUAUGUGAGCGUCACAAACCUGCUGACAAGUGUGGCCUACUUCACGUGGGCCGUCUCCAAGACUGGCCCCGGCCUUGUAGCGUGCCUGCUGCCUCUCUGCUUUGGGACAGGUGGGAACACUGUGCUACUGACGCGCUUUGUAGAGCGGGCGGUGCAGUUGGGCCUAUCUCGGGGUGAGGCCAUGGGUGUCAUGUCUGCCAUUGGGGCUAUGGGUCGGAUGGCUGCACCACAGCUCUUCACUCGCCUGUGGCUGCGGGCUGUGGCACAGAAAGGUCGGCCGCGGGCUCUGCCGCUGGGCGCUCCCAUGCUGUCAGUGGCCGCAAUCGCCUUGAUCCAGGAGCUCUUGUAUCGAAGUUCGUUGCUUGUUCGGUCGACCUGA